AUGUCAAGACAGGACAAAGCAACAACAGACCGGAACGCCCGGACGCUGCGCGAGCUCGUCAAACAGCCAGACAACAAGUCUUGCGCAGACUGCAGGAAGAAUGACGCUCGAUGGGCUUCAUGGAACUUGGGAGUGUAUGUCUGCAUCCGCUGUUCCGGGAUACAUCGCUCUAUGGGCACGCACAUCAGCAAGGUCAAAAGCAUAGAUCUCGACAUCUGGACUCCAGAGCAGAUGGAGACAAUACAAAAAUGGGGUAACAAACGCGCCAACCUAUACUGGGAGCGACAUCUGAAAGCGGGACACGUCCCCCCAGACCACAAGAUCGAAUCAUUCAUUCGGUCCAAGUACGAGUCCAAGCGAUGGGCGAUGGAAGGUCCGCCGCCUUCCGAUCCAAGAGUCCUAGAAGAGGGCGGAGGCACAUCCGCCUUUCAACCCACUCCGACACCGAUCACAUCCGCUCCACCUCCCGCUCCCGCCUCGCUAUCGAAAGCCCACCCUCUCCUGUCCCGGACAACAGCAGCACGUGCCUCCCCAGCUGCCGCUGCUCCUGCGCCGACUCCCGCACCCAUGCUGGAUCUUUUUGGCGGGGACGACUCCUUCUCCGCCCCGGCUCCUACCGCCGCACCAACCCGGUCUACAGCCCGUCCCUCCGCCCAAGCUACUACCGGCGCCGCUGCUCCAGGGCCCACCCCUACCCCCACUACCGCCCCCACUCAGACACCCAGUAACCUGUUCGACCUAGACUUCCGGGCGCCUACUCCUCAAUCCUCCAGACCCCAAACGGCCAAGGCCGAUAUCCUUUCGCUCUACUCGUCCUCAUCCUCUUCUGCCGCUCCUACCUCUGGCGGGGGUUCAGGCUCAUUCUUCUCCCCUCCGCCCGCGGUCUCGCAGGGUCAAAAUCAGUUCGCUUCCUGGGGAGGAGGAAUCACGAGCUCUGCCCCGCCUCAGACUCCCCAGCAGCACGCGCAGGCGACAUCGUCCAAUCUUUGGGGCGGUGCUGGAGGAGCAGGGACGGAGGAUCAGAAUGCGUGGGGAGGGUUCUCGGGCGGUGCGCCAGUCCAGUCCCAGGCCCAAUCAGGAGGGGGUGCGGGUCGGGCACAGCAGAAUCAGUCGGUGGACCCAUGGGGCAGCUCUCAGGGUGGAGGGAUGGAUCCAUGGGGUUCGUCCGGGACAGUACAGCCGGCUGUGACGACGGCGGGAGUACAGAUGGGGGGUAUGGCGGGACUGGGAGCCGCUAUCAAGAAGGAUGAUCCGUUUGCAAACAUCUGGCAGUAG